AUGAGGGAACAGCAGCCAAAAACCUUUCCUGCCAGAUACACACUGAGAAGUCUCUGAAUAUUUCACUCACCUGUAACUGGAUGGCAGGCGAAAUGGCACCAUUAGACACAGAGUAUUACAUGUAUUACAGGCAGUAUAGGAAAACAGAACAGUGUCUUGACUAUGUAUUGGAACGGGGUGGACAGAGACACGUUGGCUGCCAUGUUCCCUCCAGUAACAUUAACAUUUUAAUUGCUUACAAGGAGGUUGUGGUGCUCAUCAGUGGAACCAGCAGGAGUCGAAAGAUUCAAAGCAUAGAACAUGUGUACAUGAUACCUGAUAUAGAGGUGUUGAACCCUCCAUGGAACGUGUCUUUUAGGGAGGAGAACAGAAAUCAGAUCCUGGUCUGGAAGAAGCCUUAUUCUUUACUUUCUGACAUUUGCUUUCAGUAUGAAAUCCAAACCUUGGAUCUUUGGAAAAACACUGACAAGAUAGAGACCGUCUCAGGGACCAUAUUGGUAAAUGGUCCCCUCCAGGAGACUUGGAAGAAGCAUGUCUUACGCGUGAGAGCAGUCUUGACCAGUCUGUGCGUGGACAAAGUAAUGUACAGUGCAUGGACAGAACCUUUGCAUAUUGAUACAGUCAGUAGCCAGAUGUAUAUACUAGCAACAUGUGUGUGCCUGAUUGUUGCAGGACUUGUCUUCAUUUAUAUUUGUCUGAGAUUUCACAUUUGUGGACAGAUGUUUCCUCCAGUUCCAAAACCAAAAAAUGAACUGAAAGAGAUUUUUCUCAAUGAUCCACACAUUACGGGGCUCACGGUAAAUGUGUCAUAUGUGUGCUUGUGCGUAAUCCUGUAUUGGGUCAAAAUGACUUUUAGAGAACCACAAAACCUUAACUAUGAGAAAAAAACAAGCCCUGCACAUUGCUUUUCAGCAUUGAUUGGAUUAAACGUCUGACAGCUUAAAGGAACACUAUAGGCUGUGAUGUCUGUCAUUUCAGCUCUGUGCAGAAAAACAUUGCAGUUUUGGAGAAACCCAAGUGUUUUAUAUACAGUGCUGAUCACACCCACUAGAUGGGGCAUCCUGGUUAGUAGCGGAGUAAAAUUCGUCUAUUUGACGUUUGACAUCCUCACACUUAUCUGUAUUCAAUGCAGGCAGCUCUGAUGUGAGGGCGCCUGCACUGAAACAUUUAUCUGCAGAAGCCCCAUAGGAAAGAAUUGAUUCAAUGCUAUCCUAUGGGGAAAGCUUGAAUGAUCCUCUUUGAGGAGCAUUGCAUUAUAUCCAAUCGAUCUAAUGGAUUAGAACAUCGGCAGAGGAGGCCUUCUCUCAACGUAACAUCACCAAUGCGGAGAGGUGAGCAGUGCAUAGGGAGCUUCGCUGCUAGAAAAAGAUAAGCAAAACUUUUUUUUUUCAUUCUUUAGUGACUAGGGGGCGGUGGGGUGCUGAAAGAGACUAGGAACACUUUAGCGUUGGGAUACAGAUUUGCAUUUCUAUUGUUGUUGUGUUCUUCUAAAGCCAACAAACAUACUGAAAUUAAAUAGUCUGCAAAUCCUUGCUCACAGUUAGCUAUAUUUACUGCUCAGUGAAAUCUCAUUUAUUUUCGUAAGACGUGAUAUUCUAAUAUCAUGUCAACUGUGCCAUUAAAACUGUAAUUAAUAGUGCUAGACUGCUAGUGUAUCUGUAGGUGUGGACCAUCUGUGCUGGGAGCGCUCAGUAGUAUUGCCAGUACAGUAACAGUGCUACGAGAACUAACACUAGUGUGGCUAAUGUGUCUUUUAGUGGUUCAAAAGUAAGAUACUAAAUUACAAUAUAGACAAACCUGAUAUCAAAGAUAUGGAUGUAUCUGCUAUCUAGUGGUUUAUUGACAUCCAUUGUGGAAAGAAGAAAGCUUCAAUUCAAUGUAUAAGCUGGUAGCAACAUGUGCAAUGAGUUGAGCUAUGUCCAGCUUUCUCUGCAAUUUGAAUUCAAGCUUGCUUCUUGGUAUUUGG